AUGUUGUCAACGGUCAAGCAUGGCAUCUUGGGUUUGCCCAUCUCGGUUGUCAUGUCCGCCGUCGAAAGUGCCAAGCGCCUGGCCGCCCGCGCCGCCGUGGACGAAUUUGUCAAGGAUGGCGAUGUCGUUGGCAUUGGGAGCGGUAACGAUCUUGUCCACCACUCCAUCGGUAUCGAUGCGUACCAUCGAAUGCAAUUCGUAGGCUCGACAGUAGUGUAUGCUGCAGAACGGCUCGGUGAACGCGUCGCGAACGAAGGCCUUCGCAUCUCGAGCAUUCCGUCGUCGUUCCAGGCGUCUCAACUUAUUGCACAGCAUAAGUUGAACCUGACCAACUUCGACACACACCCUGUGAUCGACAUCGCGAUUGACGGCGCGGAUGAAGUGGACACGGCGCUCAACUGUAUCAAGGGCGGCGGUGGGUGCCAUCUCCAAGAGAAAAUUGUGAUUUUCAACGCGAAGAAGUUCGUGAUUGUGGCCGACUAUCGCAAGGAGUCGACGCACUUGGGGCAACAAUGGACCCAAGGGAUCCCUAUCGAAGUUGUGCCACUCGCGUACGUGCCGCUGAUGCGGAAAUUGAAGGAAUUACAUGGAACCCCCGUGCUGCGAAUGGCCAAAGCCAAGGCGGGGCCAGUGGUGACCGACAACGGCAACCUCAUCCUCGACACUCACUUUGGCAUCAUUCAAGACCCCGAAUCCCUCGAAAAGACCCUGAAGCUCCUCCCAGGUGUCGUCGAAGUUGGACUGUUUGUGAAAAUGGCGUCCAAGGCGUUCUUUGGUCAGGCCGAUGGUUCUGUCAAGGUGGUGGUGCCGCAAUAAAAUACCCAACUCUUCGCAUGCUGCAACAAAUGUCGUGUAAUGUCUGUGUUUGCAAGAACGACGCUAUGUAACAAUUGAAACUCUCCCUCGACCAUCCUUCCAUUCAACUGCAUGCCCAACACGUCGGUGAAAUCUCCCUCGACAUGGACAAGAUU